AUGAGCGGGGUAUUGAAAAGGAAGUAUGAAGAGCUGGGGGACGACAGUACCUACUGCUCCUCCUCCUCCUGCUCCCCCCUCUCCUCUUCAGCGUCUUCAGGCUGGGAGACAGAUGAGGAGAGCUCCCGUGGAGAGCCCAAGCCCAGCUCUGCCUUAACGCCCAGCUUCACCCCCACAUCUAUCCUGAAGAAAUCCAAGCGACUAAAGAAGAACAAUGUGGAGUUUGACCGGGUCACUGUGUUUUACUUCCCACGCUGCCAGGGGUUCACGAGCGUGCCUAGUCGCGGGGGCUGUACCCUGGGGAUGGUGAGCAAACACAGCUCCUCCCGGCAGUUCACGUUAGCAGAGUUUUCAAAGGAGCAGGAAAGUGUUCGUCGCGUGAAACUUGAAGAGAAAUUAAAAGAGGAGAAGUUGGAGGCAUUGAAAUGGAAACUAACCAUGAACGGCACAAAGGAGUCGGAGGAGGCCAACCAGCUCACCAUUGAAGACAUCUCUGAUGAUGACAUCGACGUCAGCAAUGUGGACCUGGAGGAUGGCUUCUUCCUCCAGCCCUACCCUGCCAAGAAAAGACGCGCACUGCUGAAAGCCGUGGGGGUGAAGAAGAUCGACAAGGAGGAGAAGCGGGAGCUGCACAACAUCCGCCUGUCCCGGGAGGACUGUGGCUGUGACUGCCGGGAGGUCUGCGACCCGGAGACCUGCAGCUGCAGCUUGGCAGGCAUCAAAUGUCAGAUGGAUCAUACCUCCUUCCCCUGCGGCUGCACCAAGGAUGGCUGCGGCAACACUGAGGGCAGGAUCGAGUUCAAUCAGGCCCGUGUGCAGACCCACUUCAUCCACACCAUCAUGAAGCUGGAGCUGGAGAAGCAGCAGCAGAGCAGCGAGAAGGUGGCAGAGGCCGAGCCCCCCUUUCGGGAACGGCUCCCACCAUUGGGAUGCGCAACAGGGAAGGGCUCUUUGGAGGAGCGUGCAGUGCCGCUGGCACCCGCCUUCCAGUUCAGCCCUGACCUGGAGGCUUUGGGAGAGAACAGCUGCAGCAGCGACAUGACGGACUCCUCCAUCUCCUCCCACCCCAGCGAAGACCUGGAGGAGCCCUAUGAGAGCCUCCCCUCUGACAAAUCCCAGUCGGAUGUGGAUGACGAUGGCUUGGCACGCAUCCUCCACUUCAACGACUCGGAUGCUGAGGAGGAGGGUGGCCAUGGCCAGGAUGACCUGAGCUGCUUCCACCCCACCGACUUCUUCAUCGAGGACCACAGCAGCGAGGCCAAGCCUGUUCCUGGCCACUUGUCCCACCUCUCUGAGUGCCUGGAUGAAAAUGCCAAUCAGGAUGGUGGGGGUUUGCUGGAGGAUCCUGCCCAUGCGCGGUGCGAUGGACUGUCAUGCUGCGCCUCAUCCCCAGCCGAGCCCUGCUCUAAGAGCUACGCUGACCUCAGCCUUUCCUCUGACUCCUUGGAUUUCUUCCAGUCCUUCUCAGACUAUAACUUGGGACCCCUUUACAACUCCUUAAAGGAGUACGAGAACCUCGAUAACUUCUCAGCGUUACAGUUUCAGUUGCCUAAUUUCCCAGGUUUCCCACAAGCUGGAGAUCAGGGCUCCUGUUUCUUGGAGUCCCUUAUCGGUUUGUCCGAAUCCGUCCCCGAAACCCCGGCGCCUUUCACAGACAAUCAACUUUUGGAGGAUGCCAUCAAGUCGUCGUUGAUGGAGACGGUGAAAGUGUGAAAUGCC